AUGGAUGAAUUUUUGAAGAGCAACACAUUUGCAACCCAUGCAGUUGUUGCUGUAGGGUCUGUGGCAUUAGGCACUGCUCUCUCCUACCCUCUUGAUACUCUCAAAGUCCUUUUGCAGAAAAUAGUCCUCCCCCAAAUCCUCUCUCUUUCUUCACCUCUAGCCAAAGCACCCAAAUUCUAUAGAUACAGCUCUCCUGUUCGUGUUACAUGGGUUCAAUUUUUGCCACACGUCGAUGGUUUAAUGUUUAUGGGUGAGGUGGAAGAGGAUUUGACUUUAAGCGGGGUAUCUGUAAAAGGAGCAAUGGAGGAUGAUGAUUUACUUGAUCUAAACAAGGAACCCAUUGAGAAAAAAAGAAAAAGGGCUGAGAAUAAUUCACCUGGUAAUGAAAAGGAGGGGUCUUUGGACGGGUUAAAUCGCGUCACAGUGAGGGUGGGGAGGGUUUUGAGGUCGACGACAAUGGCUUUGAACAAUGCUGAAAAGCAAGUCAUAGAGACGGAAGCAGUUGUCGAUCUAGCUGAUGAUCCCGUUCUCCCUAUAAGAAAAAAAUUGAAGGGCCGACGAGGGAGACCCCCAAAAAUAAAAGUUGAUAAUGAGGUUUGUGGUUCGAACAUUGAAGAGAAAGAUGAUGAGGUAAUGGAGCGGAAUAAUGUAGAGGAGAGUGGUAAAGGGACUGGCCAGUGUAUGAAAAAAGUAAAGGGUAAGCGUGGAAGACCACCCAAGAUUGAAAAGAUUUCAGGGGCCAUUGUUAAGAAGAAAAAGACAAAGGGUCGACGGGGAAGACCACCCAAAAUGAAGAAUGGGAUUGCAGAGAUCCUCGUUGAGGAGAAAAAGACUAAGCGUCGUGGAAGACCACGAAAGGUGGAAAAUGGGAUUUCUAAGGUCGCUUUUAAGGAUAAAAAGAGUAAGGCUCGGCUUGGAAGACCUCCCAAGAUAGAUAAAAGCAUUGCUUGUGGUACUCGUGCGAAGGCUGGAACUGAUGGUGGAGAAAAGAGUCUAAGAAGCAAUCCCAAUUAUUUGGGAACCAAUGUUAAGCGCGGCGAAUCUGAGAAAAUCGAGAGUGCAGAAGGAAAGGAAAUGGGACGUAGGGAACAACAACAAUUAGUGAGGGAUCAAAUAGUUGCUCUGCUCAAGAAAGCAGGUUGGACUAUUGAGUACAGGCCAAGGCAAUCAAAAGAUUACAACGAUCCAGUAUAUGUUGGCCGUGAUGGAAGAGCUUACUGGUCCUGCACCCUGGCUUACAUAGUGCUCAAAAAGAGGAUUGAAGAUGGAAAAGCAGAUGAUAAGGAACUUUCUGCAUUUAGUCCAAUACCUGAGGAGUUACUCAGCACACUAUUCAGAGUAAGGAAGGAUGAGGGGAAGAAGAAAGGGAAAGGUACUGGAAAGAAUGGUAAAGGUAUUCCUAAGAGGGCUUUAUCUAAGAUUAAGACAUCAGGUAAAAGAAUCAAGUCAAAUUCAAGCAAGGGCAGAAUAAGGACACUGUUGGCCCGUAAACCAGGGGAGGGAUCAGAUGACUAUGAGCUAUAUGAUGGGAAGCGCACUUUGCUCGCGUGGAUGAUUGAUUUGGGAACUGUUCCUCCAGAAGGCAAGGUAAAGUAUAAGAGAGGCAGGAAUAAAAAAGUGAUGCUCGAGGGAAAGAUUACAAGAGAUGGAAUUUGCUGUAGUUGUUGUGAUAAAGUACACACAAUACGUGACUUUGAAUCUCAUGCUAAAAGUGGACCUCAAGAAUCAUAUAAAUGCAUAUAUUUAGAGUCCGGAAACUCUCUUUUACAAUGCCUCAUAGAUUCGUGGAAUAAACAAUUGGCAACUGACCACAUUGGAUUUAUUUCUGUGGACGUGGAGGUCGAUGAUCCUAAUGAUGACACGUGCAACAUCUGUGGGGAUGGUGGCAACUUGAUCUGUUGUGAUGGUUGCCCAUCAACAUUUCAUCAAGGCUGCUUGUGUAUUGAAAAGGUCCCCUCUGGAGAUUGGUACUGUGCUUACUGUUCCUGCAAAUACUGUGGAGCGUCUGUUGGAAAUGCCUAUACAACUGAUGACAAUGGCGAUUCAAUUGUCUCUGAAUUGUUAAUGUGCCGUUUGUGUGAGGAAAAAUUCCACGUUCCUUGUAUUGGAGGUAAUGAUAUAGUUUUGAACAACAACAACAAUCCAUCCUUCUGUGGGAGGGAAUGUCAAAAGAUUUUUGAGCGUUUGCGUGAGCUUCUUGGGAUUAGACAGGAACUAGAAGAAGAAUAUUACUACACUAUUCUUCAGCGGCGUGAUAUAAGUCGUGAUGCUUCUGUUAGUGGUGAUAUUUUAGAGGUUGAAAGCAAUUCUAAGUUAGCUGUGGCAUAUUCUGUUAUGAAUGAAUGUUUUUUGCCUAUCAUUGACGAGCGAAGUAAAACAAAUGUGAUUCACAAUGUAGUCUACAGCUGCGGGUCAAACUUUAGACGGCUGAACUUUGGAGGCUUCUAUACCAUUAUUUUGGAGAAGGAUGAUGAGCUUGUUGCAGCGGCUUCUAUAAGGAUCCAUGGAAGUCAGUUAGCAGAGAUGCCCUUCAUUGGAACACGUUAUACAUAUAGGCGUCAAGGAUUGUGCAGACGGCUUCUAACUGCAAUUCAAAUGGUUCUACGUGAUCUUAACGUUGAGAAAAUGGUAAUACCCGCAAUAUCCGAACUAAACGAAACAUGGACAAAAAAAUUUCAUUUCAUGCCCUUAGAAGAAUCGAAGAGACGAGAAAUGAGGUCCACGAGUAUGGUGGUGUUCCCGGGGACAGAUAUGUUACAGAAGCCACUACUGAAGCAUCAGAUCGCUGAAGGGCAAAGGGGUACUACAGAUAAGGAGUUGACUGAAGCUCCAACCGAGCAUCAAAAUAUGCAAGAAGAGCAUAACGAUGAUAUUGGUGGUGUAGCUGCACCUGAUGUCCCCGUUCCCUCAGAGGUCAAAAUUCAAGUUCUUGCUUCUGCUGUUCACAUUUCCUCUGAAAUCCAGGAUCUCAACGAACCUGCUGCUGUUGAAUUUUGUGCCAGUGUACCUGAUUGCUCGAACGAUGCAUCCAACAUCAAAAUUGGAACAGUCAAAGAAUCUUUUAGCCGAGAAAAUGGCAAGUGUCUUGAUCGUGUUACUAAAACCAAUGAUGACAAAUCUUUAACAAAUUCAGAAACACCUGCGGGUGAUGCUCGUGAGCUUGAGACAGACAUAUCUGUCGAGGAAAUCAUUAGUUGUUCAAAUGGUAUUAUUCCCGACGGGAAACUUGUGAAAUGUAACUAA